AUGAUUUUUCUCUCCGUUGGGAUGACGAAAGGUCACCGACAAAUCAGCGCGAGGACGGAAGUACGAAGGAAGAAACAUUUGGUUAACACCAGUAUGGAAACCACCUUCUAUGUAUCCAACAUACCCAAUGAUUAUAGAUUGGCUGAAAUAAGAUCCCCGUUCACCAAGUUUGGUCAGGUGGUAGACGUAUUCAUCCCUCCAAAGAAGAAUCGUAACGGUAAACACUUUGCUUUCAUCCGUUUCAAUAGGGUGAAAGAUGAAUUAGCGUUGGAAAACGCUCUACAAGGUAUCAAGUGCAAUGAGAAUGUUCUCAAAGUAAACCUAGGCAAGCACCGAAGGAACUCUUCCAAAGCCUUGACUAAUGCAACUCAUAAACAACAUCUGCAACCCCAAUUCCAGCGACAUGCUAAUACUUCUGGUGUGUUCAGAGACCGGAGAUCCUUUGCAUAG